CUCACACACAUCUACCCCAUCCUUGGGUCCAGCAAGGACAGCAAAGGGCAGGACAGCGGGGCUCCUGGGCCGCCCAGCCCUCUCGCCUGCUGAGGCCCUGCGGUGCCACCCGGGGGGGCACUGCCAGGCUGGCCGGGGCCACCAUCCCUGGGCACGUGCCAAUGUCAGCACAGCCUGGCCUCACCGAGGGGCUGGGCCCCGUAGGCAAACCACAGGCUGAGGCUGUGGUGUUGCCACGCCUCGUGCCCUCCGGUCCAGUUGAGGUCACCCCGCUGGAGACAGGGUGCUGAGAUCCUUCGAGAACGGCUUGUGUCUCUGUGCUUGGAGGCAGUGGAGCUGAGACGUGAGCCCAGACUGCUACUGUCACCAGACCCGCCGGGUGCCCUGGCCUCCCUCAGCCGCCUCGCCACCGCCAUCGGCGAACCGGGCAGGGGGACGGUGUGUACCUCGCGGGGCUUGGCGCCCAGGCGCCUGCUGUUCAGGGCAGCCCCUCACUGGCUGCUGUUUACCCGCCGGCAGCUGUGGGUGUGGCCCCGGGCUGAGGCUGGAAGGAAGCGGCUGCCUGCGGAGUCACGGGGCCGUGGGGUCAGCCGGCCCGAGUGCCGAUCCACAAGGCCGCAGCUGACAUCUGGGAGCCUGCCGCACCCCCGAGGCUGUGGUCCCCACGCAGGGCAGGUGCAGGCGUGUUGCCUGGGCUCUGGGUCCUCUGUGAAGCUGUGUCUGACCUCCCAGGGCAGGGAGGGGUCAUUCAGGAGCCAUAGAGCACGUGCACCGGUCUCUGUGACUGUCGUAAACACGCAGGGACUUCUGAGGGGUGUGUCAUAAACGGUGAGGGGGGGAACCUCCCUGGAGCACAGCUUCGGGGCCUCGGGGGUAGGGCGACAACCCCCUCUCCGCCCCAGCUGUCCCCAGCCUGCCCCCCCCCGGCGGGGGGAGGUGGCCAAAGGCGCUGUCAGCCCACAGGGUCCCGCAGAGGAGGCUUCUGGAGGGAAGAUGGGUUCCAGGUGAGGGAAAGGACCUGCCCCGGGGGGUUGCUCUUGGGGUGCCCUGGACCCCGGCUGGCAGGAGGGGUUCUGCACCCCUACAGGCAGGCUGGUAGGGGCACAGGCGUGGGACAGGGUGGGGCAGAGGGAAGGAGAGCCUGGGGGGGUGUGGGCUGGUUCCGAGUGGGGUGACGGCAGAGAAGCUUGGGAGGGGAGUGGGGAAUGUGGAUGAAUCCCCACGGUCUGGUCACGGUCUGAGUGCCUAUAAAGAGGGGCAGGAAGUGGGCUUUGGGGGGCCUUGGGAACAACCCUCUAGGUCCCAGGGGUGUGGAUCCUGUCUGCUGUGUGGCGUCUCCUGGUCUGUGGGACCCCUUGGUCUGUAGACGUGCCUACAGGUUUCCCUCUCUACAGGUUCUGGAACCUUCACUGUGGCCCUUAUUUCGUACCCACAGGUGGCAGUUGGGUGCCCACUCAGCAUAGGGGCUGGUCUCCCCGGUGACCUCCUGGCCAUCCUGGAGUUCCCACUGGGCUAAGGCUGUCCCCUGAUGGGCCCCUUGGGGGCUUUUUGCGUGCCUUGAUGUCACCCUCUGUCAGGUCACCACGGCUGCAGGGGGUGGGGACCUCCUGCCUUCCCCGUUCUCCUUGCCAACACCCCCUUCAUUUGAGGCCUCUACAUGGGCGCCAUGGGUUCCAUGGAGGGGAUCCCAGCACCCCUAACAGCAAGAGGCAGUGAGCACGCUGGCCCAGAAGCUCAGGGUGAAUGUGUGUGCACGUGUGUGUGUGUGUGUGUGUGUGUGUGUGUGUCUUGGUGUGAGUAUAUGUGUUUAGCGCUCAGAGUUUUUGCUUUGUUCUCAAUGUUCUAUGUUCUAUGAGGCUUAUUGAAAGGGAAGAACCAGGUGCUGAUUCCGGUGUGGGGUCCAGUCCACACUCUGAUGCCUGAGGACUCAGGGUGAGGUUUGGUGACAGGCCUGCUGGCCACGACUGUGGGUGGGGUGGGGGCAGCUUUGGGCCGGGCCUUGUCUCCCACACCUGGACCCCAGCAGACUUCCCCGAGAGGGCUGCACAGUAGCUAUUUUGGGCCUGGCGCCUGUCCUCUGUCCUGGCUACUCAGCAGUGCCGGUGGGGAGCGGGGAGCAGGAAGGCAGCCAAGGGUAGUCCGAGCACCAGCACGAGCACCAGCAUGCGUGGCUGGGCGUCAGUAAACCCCGACUUACAGAAACUGGAGGUGGUUCUUGGGGCUGUGAGGUCCGUGUGCCCAGUGCCGGGGUGCGGAACCCUUUUUCCCGGUGAGGACACGACCCCGGGGCCCCCCGUUCCCCAGGAGUCCCGGCCCAUCCUAGCGUGCGAGUCCUCUAGUGCAGGCGGCCAGCACUGGGGAGCAGACUCUGGUAUCGCUGUUGGUCAGCAGGGAUGCGUGGCCUGUGGCUGCAGGGGCCGCAGCACAUGUGGUCCAGGGGGAUGGCCUGGCCGUCCCGGGCCACUGGGCACAUGAAGAGCCACACGCCCAGCAGAGGAUGGAGAUGGGUGGCGGGGCUCACCGUGGCUGCUCCCCCCUCCCCCAGAGCAGAAUCCCGCCUCGGAGGGAGCCGGGUGCCCCCCUGCGGCCCGUGGCUGGGUGCUCCCUCCCAGACUGGCCUUACAGCUCCCCCCACCGCUCUCCCUUGCUCACAGUUACAGGUUACAGUUCGGCUGUCUGGCCACACAGAGGGCAGGAGCAGUCUCCCUGGGGCCCGUGGCCACGGUCCUGUGUCUAUGGACUCUCUGGUCAUGAGGAGAUGAACGUGAACCCCCUGCCCCCACACACGAAGACUUUAGUUUCAGGGGAUGGCUGCACGUAGACAAGAGCUUGAUAAGAAAGGAAAACCGUGGCUUCUGGGCUUUUACCACGACCUUGAACGAAAACAGGGCAGUGUUCACACAGUGGGUGUGCCGCCGUAUUUGUUAACUCAUCGAAGUCGAGACCGAGGACCUUGGGGGGGCGAUGUCCCCGCGGGUCACUGCGCCUGAGCCAGUCCUGCAGCCCUCUGCGGCCGGCUCCCAUGUGGCCUGUGCCCGCUCCCGGCCGGUCCGUGGCACUCGGGGGCCAAGCUGGAGGCGGUGAUGUCCCGCGCGGUGGGCCCUCUUAGCUGGCCUCGAUUCUUCUGGAGAACAGCAAAUGGAGAAACCAUUUGGAAAUAGAAAAGGCAGAAGCGUUCAUUUGUCGUUUCUACCUCGGUUAGGUUCGUAGUGGACGGUGAGCACAGAAGUGCCGUAUUUCCCUUAACUUGGCGGAAGAAGUCUGUUUUUGUGCGUAAAAAGUAACAGGUUUUGGCAAAAGGGCCUCGCAGGUGACAUCACAUCUGUUUAGAAGUCAUGCAUACCUACGCGGCCUUGUUUUUCACUGUUUGGAACAGUGAAGUGCCUUCUCGCUGCACCGGGUGUCGCUGGUCCGGCCUGUUUGGCCUGCCCCUGUCGGCCCCGCUGCCCCAGCCCGAGGACCCCCCAGUCAACGGCUGCCACGGCCCGGCCCCCGCGGAGCAGGACGGAGAGGCAAUGCAGCUGGGGACAGUCCCUCCACCGCCUCCCGACGGGGACCAACCCCCCGAGACUGCAGACCCCAAGCCACCGCUCGUGCCCCCGUUCCCGCCGUAUUUCGAAGGCGCCCCCUUCCCUCCCCCGCUCUGGCUAAGAAGCACCUACCGGCAGUGGGUGCCGCAGCCGCCCCCCCGGACCAUCAAGAGGACACGCCGGCGUCUGUCCCGCAACCGCGACCCGGGUCGGCUGGCCCUGAGCCCCAUCCGCCUGCGGCCGCGCCAAGUGCUCUGUGAGAAGUGCAAGAGCACGCUGAGCCCCCCCGAGGCCAGCCCCGGCCCCCCGGGUGCCCCGCGGCCGCGCAGGAGGGUGGGCAGCGGCCCUGGCGUUGACAGCGAGCCCCGCAAGCCGGAGGACCCGGCCGGCGGUGGCGACCCCGCGGCCACCACGAGGAGGAGCAAGAGGGAGAAGCGAGAGGAGGACAAGGCCCGGGUGCCCCGGAGCCCGGCCAUCAAGAUCUCCUACAGCACGCCCCAGGGCACGGGCGAGGUCGUGGAGAUCCCCUCCCGCGUGCACGGGUCCCUCGAGCCCUUCUGCCCCUCCCAGGCCCUGCACGGCGGCGGCCAGGACCCCAGCGGGCCCAGCGCCUCCAUCCCCAAGCUGAAGCUGACGCGCCCCGGGCCCCCUGGCGCCGGCCUGCCGCCCCCCAAGAUCCGCCUGAAGCCCCACCGCCCGGGGGCCGGGGAGCGGGAGCCCGUCUACAGAGCCGAGCUGGUGGAGGCGCUCAACGGCCACGGGCGAGGCCCCCGGGCCAGCUCACCCCCUCUCCUGGGCCACGGCUCCGCGGGCCGUGGGCCGGCGGACUCGUCUUCCGGAAGUUCUGGCGAGGACGAUGACUUCAAGCGGUGUCCCCAGGGCAAACCCCAGCAGGACGGCCUGGCGUUCCUCGCCGCCUGCCCUAGGAGGGGGACGGACUGUGCCGGCGAAUCUGUGUGGAGCAGCGACAGCCUGGACGAGUCCAAAUCGUGCAGCUCGGAAGUGCCGUCACCGGACACGUGGGACCUGUCCGGCGACAGUGCGUCUGUGAGGUCCUCGUCCGGGGCCGCGAGGCAGACGGUCCCGCCCCUGACAGUCAGGCUGCACACACAGAGCGUCUCCAAGUGCGUGACUGAGGACGGAAAGACCGUGGCCGUAGGGGACAUCGUGUGGGGUAAGGUUCAUGGUUUUCCUUGGUGGCCAGCGCGUGUCCUUGACAUCAGUCUUAGCCAGAAGGAGGACGGGGAGCCUUCCUGGCAAGAAGCCAAAGUCUCGUGGUUUGGUUCUCCGACUACGUCAUUCUUGUCUACAUCAAAACUCUCCCCUUUCUCUGAGUUUUUCAAACUGAGAUUUAACCGUAAGAAGAAGGGGAUGUACCGGAAAGCCAUAACGGAGGCCGCCAAUGCCGCGCAGCCUGUGGCCCCGGAAAUAAGGGAGGUCUUAACCCAGUUUGAGACGUAAGCCGCCCGACCAGGUCACCGACGGUGAGGGCGCGGCUGUUCUCCUGGAGCUUCUGACUUUGGGGGUGCCCUCCGCAUCACCUGUUCCGUCUGAGGGGCCCCGUGUGCCUUCUGGCCAGCUGCCUGCAGAAAUGUGCCAGGCCCACGGCGGCCAGCCUGCUGGGGGGGUCCCCAGAGGGGAGCAGGUGUGUGUGGGGAGGAGGACAGCCCCCAGGAGCACCGCGGCUCCUCCCCGCUGAACGUCUUUAUGCCCCCGACUCAGGCUUUAGCUCCUGUGGUUUGUGAAGUUCCAGGAGCCCACGACGCCCUUCCUGCUGCUGCCUCGCCCACUGGGGCACCUAGCAGGGGCGAGGCCUGCCACCCCGCGUCCAGGUCCUGGGCCAGGCCCCCUCAGGCCCGCAGGCUUCCAGAAACCAGCUUGCACGUGUGGGGCGCUUCCUCCCCAAGCCCUCUGCGCGGGGUCUCUGUGCGCUUGAGAACCCGGAACCUGCCCGGCCUCCCCCAUGAUCCUCCCAAAGCUGGGGGCCCGCGGGCGCCCUGGCGGUGAGGGCCUGGGGAGGGGAGCCACUCUGGGAAUGCGGAAGACUUCCAAAGGAAAACAGCUUGGCCUGUUGUUUGUAGGAGCUGCUCCUGUCUCCUUUCUGUCACUUUAAAGACCAAAAAGAAAAAGAAAGAAACAAAACGA